UUGCAGGUAGAUAGUAGCUCGCGUUCAGUGUUCUCGUCAAACGUCGGCGGUGUUCAUUUCAAAGAUUCAGAUCUAGAAGCAGCAGCAGUAGCUGAUCAUCGACGUGUUUCAUCGCCUCUCUCCAUUGCCAGUUCAGAUAUUUCGUCGAAAAAGAAGAAGUCCUCUAACGAGGACGAGUUUUAUGAACUGCCAACCAAGAAGAGCAUCUCAUCCCGUAACCGUAAACCUUCCUUUGGUGAGCUCAGCAUCAAGAGUUGUGGAUCUGUGGAAACGAUACAAAUGCAGAACAAUGCUCAAAUCUAUACGAAAACUGCUAUGUACAAGGGUACGAUAGUAGCAGUAAAAAAGUUGAAUAUUGAUCCCAAAAAGUACCCAAAACUUGAGCUCUCACGUGCCUUAUUAAUGGAAUUCAAGAAGAUGAAGGAUUUGCAACAUGAUCACAUUACCAGGUUUACAGGAGCUUGUGUUGAUUGUCCACAUUACUGUCUUGUUCAAGAGUAUUGUCCAAAAGGUUCACUUGAAGAUAUUCUAGAAAAUGAAAAACUUGAACUGGAUAGGAUGAUGAAAUGCUCGCUGCUUCACGACCUUGUUAAGGGAAUGUACUUCCUACAUAAUAGUUACGUUGGUUCUCACGGCAAACUGAAGUCAUCUAAUUGUGUGGUUGAUAGUCGAUUCGUGCUCAAAGUCACUGAUUUUGGUUUUCAUGAAUUGCACGCCAUGGAAGACGAAAACAUCGAAGAAAUUGGCGAACAUGCCUUCUAUAAAAAGAAGUUAUGGACAGCACCAGAAAUACUUCGAAAUUCGAGUGCAUUUCCACCGAACGGUACCAAGGCAGGCGACUCGUACAGUUUUGCCAUUAUUCUUCAUGAAAUGCUUUUCCGGAAGGGUGUUUUUUAUAAAGAAGACGAACCAUCACCCAAAGUGAUCUACGAUGGAGUGAGGAAAGAGCCAACCUCUGAGGAAGCGCUUUAUCGACCACAAAUCCCCGAAUCAGCACUCAGUGUUGAUCCUGUAGACCCGAACUUACUGAAACUCAUGAGGAGUUGUUGGGCUGAAGAUGCACACGAUAGGCCCGACUUCUCGGUGAUCCGAAAAGUGGUUCGUUCUCUGAACAAAAACAAUGAGACGUCGAAUUUGGUGGACAAUUUAUUGAAACGCAUGGAACAGUAUGCGAAUAAUCUCGAGGGACUGGUUGAAGAGCGAACGCAGGAAUAUUACGCUGAGAAGAAAAAAGUUGAAGACCUCUUACACCAGCUACUACCGCCAUCAGUGGCCGACCAGCUGAUUAGUGGUCGAGCAGUACAAGCGGAAGCGUUUGACAGUGUAACAAUUUAUUUUUCGGAUAUUGUUGGGUUCACAGCUCUUUCGUCAGUAUCUACUCCUAUGCAGGUAGUGACAUUGUUGAAUGACUUGUACAUGGCAUUCGAUGGCGUUGUUGACAACUUCAGAGUGUAUAAGGUUGAGACAAUCGGUGAUGCGUACAUGGUUGUAUCGGGCUUACCUGAUAGACAUGAUCAGCAUGCAUCACAAAUUGCACAGAUGGCGCUGGCUCUCUUACAUAAAGUCAAGAAUUUUGUCAUCAGGCAUCGGCCUGAUGAGCAAUUGAAAUUGCGUAUUGGAAUACAUUCAGGUUCGGUUGUAGCCGGCGUAGUGGGCUCGAAAAUGCCACGAUAUUGCUUGUUUGGUGAUACUGUGAAUACAAAAUGUAGCGGUAAUAAAUUUUUAGCGUUAAGAAUACAUGUGAGCAAGCAGACAAAGGAGAUUCUUGACAAAGAAGCCGGCUUUCGACUGGUCUUACGCGGUGAAGUGGAGAUGAAAGGCAAAGGCAAGCAAACAACCUACUGGCUCAAGGGCUACAAAGAUCAGAACAUUCCUGACUUCGGACCUGAAUAUGCCUAA